AUGCAUCGUCCAUGUCGAGGCUUCCGUCCGCUGUCGCUGCUGCUGCUGCUGCUGCUGCUGCUGACGGACAGGGGGAGAGGAGGAGGGGAGAGGGGAGAAGGACGAAGAGGAGGAAGAUCUCUCCAGGAGGAGGAGGCGAGGGGGGAGGGCGUGAGAGACUGUGAUUGUCAACUCCUGUCCCCUGAAAGCAUUUGGCGACCUAGACAGAGCUACUGGGAGUCAUGGACGGUAGCUGCGCACUGGAGGGCGUCGAGAUUUCUUGGGAGGAAGGGAAGGAAGCGAUCGGAGAGGGAGAGAGAGUGGAGGAGCAGAGCUCUCCUCUCCCUCCCGUUCCCUCUCCUCGUCUUGCAAGGGAGCGAUGCUUCCCGAAGCUUUCUCUUGGAGGACUCGAAACUACUUCCGCCUCCCGCCUGCGGGAGCAUGGAGGAGUGCAUGAAGGUGCUGGUGGAGCAAGGCUUCGUCGAGGACACGGCUCUCACUGCUGCUGCUCUCGCUCGCGCGGGCCCGUUCACUCUUCAGAAAUUCCGCUCUAUCCUGCACCUCACAGCAGCGGUAGCUGAGGGGAUCAGAAACAAGGCUCCUCUCCUGGGGAUUUUUCGCGACCAUGUGGACACACGUCUGCGUCUCACAGAGCUCGUGGGCUCGGUGCAGGAGGCAGUGCGUCAGCUUCCCAGCAGCAGCGACAUGCUGCUCCUGGAGGUGCGGGGGGAGACUUGCUGGCUGCUGCAGUACUGCGAUGCCCGUCCUCUGCUCGCCAGAGCCUUCAAGCCCGUCAGGUCAGCCGCGUUUGUGCUGACGAGGAAGGGGAUGCUGAAGCUGAGGAGGAUGAUUCGAUUCUCCCCCCACCUGCUGCUGAACGGCAGGGACGGUAUGCUGGCGCAGCUGAUCAGGGCGGGGAAGAUGGAGGCGUACUUGGCACUGGAGAUGCCGCUGAUGGUGGAGGAUGUUGGAGGAGAGGAGGGGGAGGAGCAGGUGAUGCCGGGGUUCUGUGUGGAGGAGGAGGAUCUGCUAGAGAUGAUGGUGCUGGAUCAGCACUUGCACUUGAUGUCUGGCGUUGAGAUGAGAGGAACGGUUGAUGAGAUGGGAGAUGAAGUGAGGAUAUCAAACGCGGAAGUGUUGGAGCUUGGAGGAGAAGAUUCAAAUCUUCUCUUCUCCAUCCUCGACCUCUCGUUCUUGCAAGAUUGGGAUCUUUCCGAUGGAAAGGAGAUCCACAUCAUGUCUUUGUCUACUCAGCGCUCGUGGGUUGUUGUCGGUUCAUCAAAGGACAAGUCAAAGACCCUUGUAGCGCUCGAUCAAGAAAGCCUGUGCUAUCCGUAUGCCAACUGGUGCUCGUUGAACGUCUCGCUGCUCGACGGACAGGGGAACGUGUUGUCUUCUCUGCUCAGGACAACUUUCAUGUCAUCCCAGGAACGUCAAAGUCGUCCCCAGCAGCAGUUUGCCUCUUUGCACCCGCUGAUCGUGGGUACGUUUGACAACGGCUGGCCUCUCUCCCCCUUCUACAGCAGGAGCCCUGGUUGUAGUAUCUCAAAACAUGUCGAAAACGUCAAGCAUAAGGGGGAAAGAGAGGAGGACGGGGAGGAGGAGGAGGAGGAAGGGAGCGAACUGUGGUUGUUCUACCCUGGGAGAUAUCGAACAUGGUUAGAGGACGCGAAGGGGAAGCUGAAGAUAAUGACCGACUUUCUGAACCAGGGAGGCAAGUUUGUGUCAGAUGAUGCUGGCUCGCAAGAUUUCCACGAUUGGCCGAUCUUUGUGAUGAAUUUACCUCAUCGCCAUGACAGGAGAAGUCACAUGGAGUCCCUGCUGAGAUCAGCCGGUUUCAGCAACUUCUUCAUGUUCAGCAACACCCCGGCUCAAGACAUUGACAUCUCGCAGCUGCUGCGAGAGAGAAAGAUCACAAAGGAAACGAUUGACGACAUCAGCAGCAAGUUUGGAGGAGGAGCAGUGAGAGCCUACAUCGCCAACACCCUGGAUCAGGUGGAGGGAGAGUGCGGAUGGAGCAAGGGCCGAGCUCACCUUGUCGCCCUCCAGCUGUCUGUCAUCGAGCGAGCAAGGAAGGAGAUGUUCCCAUUCGUGAUCAUCCUAGAGGACGACCUCCUCCCUCUCGAAAUGCCAGAGAAGAUUCGAGAUCGCAUACAACGCGCGGACGGGACGGGACGGGACAGGACAGGAGAAGACAAGGCAGGACAGGAUGGAAAGAGAGGAGAGAGGGACGGGAAGGGAAGGGACAAAGGAGUGACGUCUGGUCAAGCCCAUCUGCUCUAUUUGGAGUUUUGCUCUGAGAGUUGUGAACUGCUCCGCUACUCUUCCUCUUCCUCUUCCAUCGCUAUGGCCAUCAAGCCCUCUUGUUCAGCUGCCAUUCUCUACACGCGCAAGGGCAUCCAAAGGAUGUCACAGAUAGCGUGGCCCAUCCUCUCGGGCAUCGAUGUGAUGCUACCUCGGCUCGUGUCGGAGGGUCGUCUGGAGGCGUACCUCGCCACUCCUCCUCUCUUCCUGCAGGAUCGCUUCUUCGGCUCUGACGCCAACAGGAGUCUCGCUGCCGAUAUGGACGCUCUAAAGUUCGGGGCUGCGGCCGGACAUCGAGUGUGCUACACCUGCUGCUCGGGGAAAGACAUGUGA